GGCACUGUAGAUGUUGAUCAUUUGAGGUUGAUGUUUUUCCAUAAUGUUUAUCAUGUUGUUCAAAAUCUGCCCCGACCUUUGCGCUUUAAUCUGUUGACUGAUGGCCUGGGCUAGCAUGUGAUGAUUCAUGAAUGUGCGGAAGUGGCUGCCCUGGGGGUUGGUUACGCCCACACAUCGGUCCUGUGCCAACGCGACGCACAACACUGCACUUAAGACUCUGCUGCGACAUGGGUAGGCUCGACGGGAAGGUGGCGGUCACUACAGCAGCUGCCCAAGGCAUUGGUAGGGCGACAACCGAGACAUUUGCAAGAGAAGGUGCCAGAGUUAUUGCAACGGACAUCAAUUAUGAGAAGCUGAAAGAGUUGGAAGGAGUGCCAGGCAUUGAGAUCCGCAAGCUGGAUGUGACUGACAAUGAAGCCAUCAAGGCGCUCGCUGCUGAGAUUGGUCACAUUGACAUUCUGUUCAACUGUGCAGGUUUUGUCUUCCAUGGAACCAUUUUGGAGACCGCCGAGAAAGAUUUUGACUUCGUCAUGAACGUGAAUGUGAAGUCCAUGUUCAACAUGAUAAAGGCUUUCCUUCCCAAGAUGAUGGAAAAGAAAUCUGGCAGCAUAGUCAAUAUGGCCUCAAUAGUCUCCAGUAUCAAAGGAACUGUUAACCGUUGCAUCUAUGGGACCAGUAAAGCGGCCGUGAUAGGGAUGACCAAAUCCGUUGCCUGCGACUUCAUUAAGGACGGUAUUCGCUGUAACUCCAUCACCCCGGGAACGAUAGACACACCCUCGCUGCGGCAAAGGAUGGCAGCCUCGGGAGACGAAGAGAAGAGCCUAAAGUUUUUCUUGAGUCGCCAGCCUUCGGGCCGACUGGGGACAGCCCAAGAAGUGGCAAACAUUGCCCUGUUUUUAGCCUCGGAUGAGGCAAGUUUUGUGACCGGCGCAGAGUACAGAGUGGAUGGGGGAUGGGGCAUCUAAGUAACGCCCGUCACCAGCCUACUGUCUGGACACCAUGUCAUGUGUCACGUUCACUGCUGAAUUUUUUUUCGGGUAGGGUGAGGGAGAGGGGUACAAACAUUGUCAAGAUUUCAGUUCACUGCCUCCUCAGCAGUGAAGUUUACCACUGAUCCGCAACUCAUGGCAGGAUUUUUAAGAAAGGGUCAAUGGGAUUAUACUUUUAUUUUUCUUUUAAUUUCUACAAUGGGAAUAACUAAUGGAGGGGAAAUGAUUUGUUAAAAAUGUUUCUUAAAAUUCCAACUUCCACAUUGGAUACCCUUGAAGGGUUGAGAGAAAUCCUAAAACGUGCAGACUCCAUAUUCUAUACAAUUUCAAAGAUCACCAUUCAAAAAGAAAAAUAAAAUCAAAAGUCAAUUUAUUAAAUGCCCAGAAUAUCCUGUUAUUUCCUGAACUUUAAAAGAAGGCAAAAAAGAAAAACAUUUCAUUUAUUCAAUACUUAGCCACGUACCUCGAAAGAAGAAAGUGAUACAAACUUUUCUGUAGCUGCUUAGCAUAAAUGUUUGGUUACAGUAAAAUCAACACUGUAUAUAAGUAUGGAAAGGGGAAAUCGCUUACAAAAAAUCAAUUCAGAAGUUGUUAAACCAAGAUGUUGCUAAUGCUGACAGCCAUGCACUCCAUGUACGAAGUCAAGACAAAUAACUUUUGAAGCCUGUGAAAUUUAGUACCUAUCUUUGACUCACUUGUUCUUUAUUUUUGUCUUCAACGGUGAGAUUUCUGAGCUUUUCAGUUGAUUUUAGCAUUUCCUGUUUUGGAUUU